AUAUAAACACCACAUGGCCUUGUGCAUGCCUACCCACAUGGAAUUACUUCACUGAUCUCACGCCCAUUUCACCUGUCCUUCAUUAAUUAAACCAAUUAAUAUAUAUAUAUAUAUAGAGAGAGAGAGAGAGAGAAAGAGAGAGAGAGAGAUAUCCAGUAAUCCUCCAUCCUCCAGCCACCAGGAAUCUCCGCCGCGACAAUGAGCUGCCUGCAAGCAUGGCCGGAGCCGAUCGUCAGGGUCCAGUCCCUGUCGGAGAGCGGGAUGAGGGAGAUCCCGGAGAGGUACGUGAAGCGGCCGUCAGAGAGGCCGGAUCGUUGUUCUGAGGAGGACGGGAAGGAGGUGAACAUCCCUGUGAUCGACCUGUCGGAGGUGUUCUCCGACGGGGACCCGGCGGCGCGGGAGAGGGCGAUGGCGGCGGUGGAUGAGGCGUGCAGGGAGUGGGGGUUCUUCCAGGUGGUGAAGCACGGGGUGAACGAGGAGCUGAUGCUGCGGACGAGGGAGGCGUGGAGGGAGUUUUUCCGGCUGCCGGUGGAGGAGAAGCAGGCGUACGCCAACUUGCCGGCAACGUACGAGGGGUACGGAAGCCGGCUGGGGGUGGAGAUGGGGGGCAAGCUAGACUGGAGCGAUUACUUCUUCCUUCAUUACCUUCCCCAUUCCAUCAGAGAUCCCAACAAAUGGCCUAAGCUUCCAACCACAUGCAGGGAGUUGGUGGGAGAAUACGGAGAUGAAGUGGCGAAGCUGUGUGGAAAACUGAACAAGAUAUUGUCAGUGAAUCUUGGAUUGGAAGAGGACCAUCUGGAGAAAGCCUUCGGCGGGGAGGACAAGAUUGGCGCUUGCAUGAGGGUCAAUUUCUAUCCCAAGUGUCCACAGCCUGAUCUCACCCUUGGCCUCUCCCCACACUCCGAUCCCGGCGGCAUCACCCUUCUCCUCCCCGAUGACGACGUCGCCGGCCUCCAAGUCCGCCGAGGCUCCAACUGGCUCACGGUGAAGCCCAUUCCCAAUGCUUUCAUCGUCAACAUCGGGGAUCAAAUCCAGGUGAUAAGCAAUGCGAUAUACAAGAGCGUGGAGCACCGGGUGAUGGUGAACUCGGCCAAAGAGAGGGUGUCACUUGCCUUCUUCUACAACCCAACUGGAGACAUCCCAAUUAGACCAGCCAAGCAGCUUGUAAAGGAAGAUGAGGCAGACCUAUACCACCAAGCAAUGACCUUCAAUGACUACAGAUUGUUCAUUAGGGAAAAGGGUCUUCAUGGCAAGCUCCAACUUCAAUCUCUCAUCAACUCACCGCCCCCCCAGAAAUAAUUAAGUCAUCAUUAUUAAUCUGCUUUCUUUAAUAUAUAUAUAGUUUUCUCUUUUUUCUUGUUUCUUAAUUUCAGUGUUCCUUGUGACAAUUUGCUUUUGCUGCAAAUAAUUAAUUAAAUUACAUGUAGCUUUAACGUA